GGCUCUUCAUUCACCUGCGCGGGCUGCGUGCGCUUCAGAGGCGGAUUUAGAGUCUUUUAACGGCUAAAAGUUCACCUCGGGCGGGAAUGUGAGUCAUAUUUAGUUCAAAAUACAACCUGCAUGAGCGUGAAACGUGGCGAGCAGGACGUGAAACACCCGCCGAGGACGUCUGCUAGCUUGAAUAUCGGUAGCUAACUCGCUAUUACCAGCAGCUAGCGGUUGUUGAAGUGCCCAGUUCGCACAGGCGAGUCAGAAUGGCCCAGGGGAUACCUGAAGAGGUGAUGAUGAACGCUGCUCUGAUUAAAGAGCUGGCAGAUGUGGCCAAAGAUAUGGCUCUUCUGCAGGGCGUCCUAAUGAGGACCCAGGAGACGCCCAACUCGUCAGAGUUGGUGAGCCACGCUCCGUUCACGCUGUUCCCCUCGCCGGUGCCCAAAGCCGUGUUCGUCCAGGCUCUGGCUGUGCAAACUCACUACAACACACUGAUGGACAAGAUCAGUCGGGACACAGAGUUUCUGCAGGAGGCUUUAGAGAGCACCAUUGCCGUGGAUGAUUUCACUGCCAAGUUGUUCAGGAUCCACCAGCAGAUCCUGAAAGAAGGAAGGUCUCAGUCCAUUGUUUUGGGUUUGAAUCGUUCUGACUUCAUGCUGGACCAGAGAGACGGUCAGACGGCGUCUUUAAAGCAGAUCGAGAUCAACACCAUCGCCGCCAGUUUCGGAGGCCUUUCGUCACGAACUCCGGAUUUACACAGACUCGUCCUCAAAGUCGCCGGCAGGCUGGAGGAGAGCCAGCGAAUCCUUGACAACAAUCCCGCAGCUGGUCUGGCCGGAGGAAUCGCCAAAGCCUGGGAGCUCUAUGGAUCAGAGCGGUAG